GGUCUUCAGACGCCAUUGAGGCGGUGAGGAGCGUUGUCCUGUCGCUUUACGGAGAGUUUGCUGUAUUUACUUGCAAUAAGUUAAUUUUCUUCACUUUUGAAUUAUCGUGGCAACUCAAAUACACUUCUGCUCUGCUACAAAAAUUGCCUGGUCGUAGAUAAAUACGGGUAGAUACCGAAUUUGCUAAUGUUCAAACAUACGUCUUCGUGUCCGCCAUCUUAGGUAGGUCAACGUUGGCAGCAGACGAUUAGAGCAGCUCUUGUUGUAAACGUGACCACAUCCAGAAAUGCCGGUGUCCUGUUCAGCUUAUGGCUGCAAAAACAGACGAACCAUUCUAAGUAAACAUCGAGGGAUAACUUUUCACCAGUUCCCCAAAGAUCCUGGGCUCAGAAAAGCCUGGAUCUUAGCAUUCAGAAGACUGGACUUCAAGCCAUCCAAUAAAACUGUCCUCUGCAGUGAUCACUUUAUGCAAGCUGAUUUUGACAGAACUGGUCAAACUGUUCGAUUGAGGGAAGGUGUUAUCCCUUCUGUUUUUGCAUAUUUUCCAAAUCAUCUAAAGAAGAGGCCCAUUAAAGCCAGGUCAUCAAAGACAUCAAGGCGUGCAUUGGAACCAAUCAAGGAUCCCAUCCCUGCUCCCAAAUGUUUGGAACCUCCAAAGCCUGCAGUCUAUGAUCAUCACUAUGCUCUGGAUCCUACUCAAGUAAAAAAAAAGCUGUCUGACGCUCAAGCACGGAUCGAGGAGCUGGAGCGACAACUCAGAAAUGCAAAGGAUCGAGAAAGGAGACAGAAGCAAGUUUUAAAGUCACUCCUGGAACGAUUAGAAGAAAGAGGAAUGCUAUCAGAGGCAAUAGAGAUCGAGCUGCUCCAGGAAUCUGAUUGACACGUCAGGCUUCAAGCGAUCAGGGGGAUCACACCGCUGGACAAAAGUUGUAGACGUCUUGAAACCCCAGCUGUGCUCUCCGCAAGGUUUAUUUGAAUGUAUUCA